AUGGCGGAAAGAGUUAUAGGUCCUUCAUUCUCUAGUGAAACACAAACAUUAACUGUAGAUGAAGUUGACAAUAAUCAAGAAGAUGUGAGAGCAGUAAAACUAACUUUAAAAAAGCCUAAAACAGAAAAGCAAGUCAAGUGGAGUACAGAAACUGUUGAUAAUGAACAUAUGAAUAAAAAAAAAUCUAAAUGCUGCUGCAUUUAUGAAAAACCUCGCAAUUUUGGUGAGAGCUCUUCAGAAGGUGAAGAUGAAUGUGAAAAUUGCUUCGGACAUGUGGAAUUAAAACAUAAAGUAAAACCAGAAUCAUCUAUUCCCUCUACCCCUCCUGCUGAAUUGAAAGAACCAUAG